AUGGCUUCUGAAAUUGUUAACUCCGCAUGGAAAGUGAUUCCCAUGUUCGAGUCCCGUUCGAUUCCUCUCACGGUCGAAUUUUACACGAAGACGCUGGGAUUUGAGCUUGCUAGCGUUAAACCCGAGGACGAUGAAUCUGAGCUAUAUUUCUGCUCUGUCUUCAUUGGCAAGAAGGCGGAUGCAAACUUCUAUUUCUCGAAAGCGACCCCUGAAAAAUUCAAGUCAUCACACGCGAUGAUUGCUCUGGGGACUCGCGAGCUGGACGAUUACUACGGCUAUUUAAAAAGUCAAAGCGGAGUGGAAUUUUCUGAGGACAUCGAAGACAAGCCGUGGGGCUUCCGACAAUUUACAAUCAAGGACAACGAUGGAAAUCUGCUCACGUUUUUCAAAUUUCUGGAAGGKGGAAACCCAGGCGACGAAUAA